CAGCAGCAGGCAAGCCGUGGCCCCGCGAAGCCAUGAAGGUGAAGAAGGGCGGCGGCGGGGCCGGCACGCGGGCGGAGCCCGCUCCAGGAGUCUCGAGCUCGAGCGGGGAGCCCACGCGAGAGCCUGGGGCUGAAUCCGAAUCUGGGUCCGAGUCGGAGCCGGAGGCAGGCCCGGGGCCCAGACCCGGGCCGCUGCAGGGGAAGCAGCCCAUCGGGCCAGAGGAUGUGCUGGGGCUGCAGCGGAUCACGGGCGACUACCUGUGCUCCCCCGAGGAAAAUAUCUACAAGAUCGACUUUGUCAGGUUCAAGAUCCGGGACAUGGACUCAGGCACUGUCCUCUUUGAAAUUAAGAAGCCUCCUGCUUCAGAGCGGUUGCCCAUCAACCGGAGGGACCUGGACCCCAACGCAGGCCGCUUUGUCCGCUACCAGUUCACACCUGCCUUCCUCCGCCUGAGGCAGGUGGGAGCCACGGUGGAGUUCACCGUAGGAGACAAGCCUGUCAACAACUUCCGCAUGAUAGAGAGGCACUACUUCCGCAACCAGCUGCUCAAGAGCUUUGACUUCCACUUUGGUUUCUGCAUUCCCAGCAGCAAGAACACCUGCGAGCACAUCUAUGACUUCCCGCCUCUCUCUGAGGAGCUGAUCAGCGAGAUGAUCCGUCACCCAUAUGAGACACAGUCUGACAGCUUCUACUUUGUGGAUGACCGGCUGGUGAUGCACAAUAAAGCCGACUAUUCCUACAGCGGGACACCCUGACCCCUCAAGCUCCCCUACCCAGGAGGCUGUGGCCUGGGCCCUGCACUGUGACCUUGCCAACAUCCCCUCAACUUGGGGAUGCUCUGUGGCCCUGGACCACGGAGUCAGGGUUGGGAGGAAGGGUGCCUGGUGUCCCUAGGCCAAGCCCCUGAACCAGCAGCAAAGGGGGCUGUAGAGCCUUGUAUCCAGGAAGGCUUCCUGCAAAAGAUGCAGCCAGGACUUCCGAUGCCUCGCUCAGGCCUGACUUUCAGAAUAGUGUUUCCGUCUCUAGGCUAUGACUAGGUCAGGUCAGGGAUCCAGUCCCUGUCCCCUGCCCACCACCUCCAGGCCAUUUAGGGUUGUCAACCCACAGAGAAGGAUCCACAGUGGGGCUGGGCCUGCCCCUGGCCCCAGCCCUGGCUUCCCCCACUGGGGCCAAGACACUGCCCGAGGUGUGGGAAGGAUGGGUCCAGAUUGUAGCCUGUGGAAGGACCUGGACCAGCUGUAUAUAGUUUUCAAUAAACUUUCUCCAUUUCUCUUCUCA